ACCACCCGUCGAAACAAGAAGGACACCGUGGACAAUUACUUCCUUGCGGGACGGAACAUGCACUGGCUUCCCGUGGGCGCCUCUCUCUUUGCAAGCAACAUCGGCUCGGAGCACUUUGUCGGCUUGUCCGGCUCUGGCGCCAGUGUGGGCAUCGGCAUCGUUGGCUUCGAGUACAACGCCAUGUUUGUACUGCUCAUCCUCGGCUGGUACUUUAUGCCCGUCUACCUCGCCUCUAAUAUCAGCACCAUGCCCGAGUACCUGCAGAAGCGCUUUGGCGGCCAGCGAAUUCGCAUCUACCUUUCCCUGCUGGCGCUGAUUCUGUACAUCUUUACUAAAAUCUCCGCCUGUCUUUUUGCCGGCUCGCUCUUCAUCAAACUGCUUCUCAAUCUGGACAACCUCUACGUGGCCAUUCUCAUUCUGCUCUUUGUCUCGGCGCUCUUUACCAUUCUCGGUGGUUUGACGACGGUCAUGUGGACUGAAUUUGUGCAAGUCUUCUUCAUGUUCGUCGGCGCCAUUGCCCUGGCCGUCAUCAGCAUCAUCAAGGUGGGCGGGUACUCGGUGCUGACGAGCACCUUCCGCGAGGCAGGCAUGCCCAAUGAGACUCAGUAUCAGUCGUACAAGGACGGUUGCGACCCGGCGACCACCGCCAACUGCACCUCAUGCAGCGAAAUCACGCCCUACUACAUGAACCUCUUCCGGCCGGCGAGUGACGGCGAGGUGCCCUGGCCGGGCCUCAUUGGCAUGACCGUCUCCGGCGUCUGGUACUGGUGCACCGACCAAGUGAUCGUCCAACGAGGACUCAGCGCCAAGAACCUCUCUCACGCCAAGGCGGGCUGCAUCUUUGCGAGCUUUAUGAAGAUUGCACCACUUUUUCUUCUGGUUCUGCCGGGCAUGGCGGCGAGGAUGCUCUGGCCGAAUCAAAUCGGCUGCUCCAACCCUGAGUACUGCAAGGAGGUCUGUGGCAGUCCUUCGGGGUGCACUAACCUCGCCUACCCCUACCUGGUCAUCCGUCUGAUGCCCGUAGGCGCCACCGGGCUGAUGGUCUCGGUCAUCGUCGCCGCCCUCAUGAGCUCGCUCACCUCCAUCUUCAACUCCGCCUCGACCAUCUUCAUCAUCGACAUUUACAAGCGCUUCCGCCGGUCGGCCACUGAGAUGGAGCAGAUCGUCGUGGGCCGCGUCUUUGUUGUUUUUCUGGUAGUGGUCAGCGUCGCCUGGGUGCCCAUCAUUGAGAGCUCGCAGAACAGCGAGCUCUUUCAGUACAUUCAAUCGGUGACCAGCUUUCUCUCGCCGCCCGUCUGCGCCGUCUACGUGCUGGCGCUCUUCUGGGGCCGCACCAAUGAGCAGGGCGCCUUCUGGUCGCUGGUGGUUGGCCUGGUCAUCGGCCUGGUGCGAAUGAUCCUCGAGUUUGCCAUCCCAGCUCCUGCCUGCUCUUCCACCGAGCCCGAUCCUCGGCCGUUCAUCACCAAGCUGCACUACCUCCAUUUUGGCAUUGUCCUUUUUGCCAUCUCGGCGGCCGUCGCCAUCGUCGUCAGUCUGCUCACCAAACGGCCAGAGGAGAAAAACCUCUACCGUCUGACGUACUCCACCAUUCACAGUGAAGAGGUGCGUGAAGACAUCGACGGAGACGGCGACGAGGACAACGCCACCCUGAACGCAAAAACCGUCGAUCUGGAGAAAAAGCCAAAGAGGGAGAUCAGCAAGUGGAUUUGGAUCCUCUGCUGUGCCAAACCUGAAGAACCAGCAGCUGCCGAAAAUGGCAACGCCGUACAUAGCUACAACAUUGAGAAGGAAAUCGACCCGGAGGAGUUGGCGCGAAUUCACGCCCAGUCCGCCAAGGAUGACCCAAACUGCAACAAAAACGCUCAUCACUACUCAGAAAUCUGA